GCUGUGUAUAUUUGCACAGCAUAAGGGUUGAAUGCAAGGUUAUCUUUACCGCACUACAAAGGACGAACAGCCUCCAAGACAGAGCAGCUGUUUCCGAGCACUCAUAAUAGAAAGUCAACGCUGCUGCAGUUUUGCUAUACAUCAGUGAUACCUUAAUUUCAAACCCAAGAUCUACAGAAUGGAUCUCUCUCAAAAUACAUUUCGGUGAACGGGACCUAAUUUUUAUCAUCGACAUAUGGUGCUAAUUGCACAUCAUAACAGCAUCUUUCCACACAUGUGUAACGAUAUAUAACGCGUUAGAACCGCCACAGCAGCGCGCUCGGACGCGCAUUUUACGCAUAAUGGAGAGCCUGCUGAAAGAAACUAUCUUCUGGCCCUUCAACGACUCCUGGGCCAAUUCAAGCAAGGGAAACGGCAGCAGUGGACUGAACCAAACCGUAAAUCCUCUGAAGCGCAACGAAGAAGUGGCUAAAGUCGAAGUAACCGUCCUCGGGUUGAUUCUGCUGCUGGCGCUCGCCGGCAACCUGUGCGUCCUUGUGGCUAUCCAGGCGAGUAAACACGUUCAGUCGCGGAUGUACUAUUUUAUGAAACACCUGUGCAUUGCCGACCUGGUGGUGGCGGUUUUUCAAGUUCUCCCCCAACUUAUUUGGGACAUCACCUUUCGUUUUUAUGGACCAGACAUUCUGUGCCGCCUGGUGAAGUACCUACAGGUGGUUGGCAUGUUCGCGUCCACUUACAUGCUCGUGCUGAUGUCUAUCGACAGAUGUUUGGCUAUAUGGCAGCCUCUGCGAUCCCUGCGACGUCGAAAGGACCGUUUUUUCGUGCUGGCCUCUUGGAUUAUAAGUCUGCUCUUCAGUUUGCCACAGGUGUACAUCUUCUCCCUCAGAGAGGUGGGCGACGGGGUGUUCGACUGCUGGGGGGAUUUUGUUCAGCCCUGGGGCGCAAAGGCUUACGUUACAUGGAUUAGUCUCACAAUCUAUAUCAUUCCUGUAGCCAUUUUAAGCGUUUGUUAUGGACUUAUAAGCUAUAAAAUAUGGCAAAACUUUAAGCUUAAGACCCGGCGCGACCAGUGCCUGUCGUUGACCCCGCGGCCAGCUAAGGGCACCGCGCUCUCCCGCGUCAGCAGCGUCAAGUUGAUCUCCAAAGCUAAGAUCAGGACGGUGAAAAUGACGUUUGUGAUCGUCCUGGCUUAUAUCAUCUGCUGGACGCCGUUUUUUUUCGUUCAGAUGUGGUCCGCCUGGGAUCCAAUGGCUCCAAGAGAAGCUAUGGCGUUCAUUAUUGCGAUGCUUCUGGCCAGUCUCAACAGCUGCUGUAACCCCUGGAUCUACAUGUUUUUCGCUGGUCAUCUGUUCCAGGAUCUCAUGCAGCGCUGUCUUAUGGCAUCACACUGCGGCUGUAAGAGGCAAUGGAGAUCUAAGAGCCCUUCAGGCAUGGGUGCAAUGAGGAACACCAGCAGCCAGAAGAGUGUGAUGCAGUCCUCUACUACAUGAGAGAAAGUUGAAAUACAUGCAGUUCGUAUUACCGUCAUGGACAGAACAAUAACAUACCAUAAGCUAAGGAAUCAUUUCAUAUGAUUUUUACCAGUGUGGUGCAGAUCUCAGCUACAUUAGCCAUGGAUAAUCUCCGGUCUUCAGCCUAAAAUGUGUAUCUU